AUGCGAAGGGCUCAAAGCGUUCGAAAUCACACGCGUCCUUCACUGGCUUUUGGCGCCGAUGACUUGGGCGUGCUGAGGGAGGCAAAUGAGACGACCGAAGAGGCACUACGGCGGCAACUUAUAGAAAAGGAUCGGGAAAACGACCGGCUCAAGUCACAAAUCGAGACUCUCCAAGGCAUGCUUUCACAACGACCAGAUGUCGAAUCCGUGCAAGAACUACAACGCGAGUAUAAGAGUCUGGAGUUAUUGCUGGCGGGAACCCAGCGAGAGAAUGAACGGUCUAUGGCGGAGAUUGAACGGGGGAAAGCGAGGGAGAAAUUGCUGGAAGGCGAACUGGCGAAGCUGGCCGGAGAGAAUUGGCAGUCUGCCCUCGAUAUUGCGCCGCCCAAUGUUUCUGGAACGGCUGCCACCAUAACUGGGCGGUCGUUCUUACACUCACGAUCCAACACGUUGAGUGCGCAUGCUUCACCCGUGCUGGCCCACGCACAAGCAGCUAGUGUCACAACUGCCUCCCCAAUCGAAGAUCCUCGAGCUCAACAACAACAAACACAAGCGACUUUGGCGCAUAUCGAGCAGGUUAGGUUGCUGAUAAUGGGCAUGGAGCAAAGACUACAGACCCGUGAAGAGAAGCUUGUCAAAAGUGUGCAGCGCGCCGAGAGCGAGGGACGGAGGUUCGAAGAACUUAGAAGGGAAGCCGCUGGCCGGUGA